AUGCCCCUGGGGAUCUGCCCAUUCCAGGACAGGGAUGGACCCUUCACAUCCCCUCCGACAGCAGCCUUGGAGCAGUUAGUUCCGUGUUCCUGCGGGGGACAGUGUUUGUGGGGAGGGACAGGUCGCUGUGGAGGAGGUGCGGGUCCCAGCUUGGCUGUGUCAAGUGCCCAGGCCAAGCCAGGGAGAAACGAGAGCUUCCCGGGCACUGCCGAGUUUGAGCGCCGUCUGCUAAAGUUCCUGAGGGCGUCAGUGGACACCGUAGAUGAUGAGGCGUGGGCCGAGGCCCUGAGCAGUGAGCUGAGCCGGCGACUGAGCAGCUCUGCCAGCAGCUCUGCAGAAAAGUCGUUCCUGUACAAGGCUCUGGGCACAGUGCUGGCAUCCUGCAAGGGAGUCCUCCACGUCCAGGAGAAGCUGCUGCAGCACCUGGCGGAGGCAAAUGCGGAGGAACCGUGUGAGGCCCAGGGAAUCAUCGCUCUUCUCAGCCACGCUGCUGAGAGUAACUUCCACACAGUCCUGGCCACGCUCACCACGUUUGCGUCCAGGCUGUGCAAAGGCCGCAAUGCCAGGAUUUCCAGGAGCAAGAAGAUGGAGCUGGACAGCACGAGAGCUCAUGCCACACGCAGUGCUCUCAUGCUCGCCCACGGCAGCGUGGCACUGCGUGCCUCCAAGGAACAGCUGCUCGCCCACCUGGAGGGAGACAUCGUGGGCAACAUCCUGAUGCUCUACAGCUGCAGCUGCCGGGACUUGCAGAACAACCUCGCGCUGGUGCAGAGCAUCACCGACAGCAGCUCUGCCUUCCAAGCUGUGGGUGAUUCUGCAAGCUUUAACCGCUCCUUGAAGAGCAAGCUGCUGGAGAUCCUGAUGGACCUGAUGAAGAAGUACUACUCGGGCAUGCCUGUCUCCCCAGUGCCUCUGAAGGUGGUUCUGGCCCUGGAGCAGUUGAGCAAGCUGAAGCCCUCUUUUGAAAGCAAGGACAUGCGUGAGAUGCUGGUCCUGUGCUGCAAGAACGUCGUGACACAUCCUUCAGCAGAGAUGAUGCUGAAGAUCAGGAAGUCACAGCACGCAGCACAGUACCUGCAGCUUCAGCAAACAGCACUGAAAGCUCUGGGCCGGCUCAUGGUGGUCCUGCUGGAGACAGAGCCCAGCGGUGGCUUCUUUCAGAACAUAGUCCACGUCCUGCAGAAAUCUAUGACAUCAACCAAUGUGUGGGAGCGCAAGAGGGCCUUGCAGACCUGCUCCCAGCUGCUGGCUGCUUGUGAAGAGCUUCAAAGAGGAGAUGCCUGUGAGCACUUUGGCUCCUUGGUGGGAUUGCUGGCGCCUCUGACGUGUGACCCCAUGCCCGCAUCCCGCCAGCUGGCCGUCACCUGUCUGACCUCCCUUCUGCGAAUCCAAGCCAAAGCAGUCCACACAGUCAUUGAGACAGGUGACAUCAAGGGCCUGUGCGAGGGGCUGCAUGCCUGCAGCAUCGCCUCUCAGCUCCAGAUCACGUCCAAAAUGGCAAGAAUUGUGUGCAGAAACUUCCCCAUCGAACGCACCGUUGACUUCAUGGCGGCCAUCAAGGAGACCAUCCGGAAAGCCAGCGGAGUGCGCGUGCGUGCGUGUGGGAAGUGGAUGACCACCUUCCUGCAGAUGCACGGGAAGGACAUCAGUUGGAACGUGCCACCGAUCCUCUACAUCCUGCGCAGCAUCACAUCGUUUGCGCAGCAGAGCACGUUCCUGCCCUUCCUGUGCCAGGCGGUGGUCAUCCUCACCCGCUGUCACACAGAGGCCGUGAUGAGCAACUUCUCCCGGCCGCUUGGGCCAACAGACAGUGAGACGUGGAAAAGAAUAAGAGAGUUUUGCCUUCAAUGCUGGAGCCGGUAG